AGAGCCGAGCCAGAGCGGUGAGCUCAGCGAGCGCGGCGGCGGCAUCUGCGGAGGUGCGGGACGCGAGCGAGGCCGAGCAGGCAGCCGGACCCCGAGCCCGAGCCCCUCCCGAUCGGCUCCCGAGCCCCUCCCGAUCCCCUCGCCUCCCGCGGCCGCCCGCGCCCAGCGAGCCCAGCUUGCCCGGUCCGCACCAACACAGUCCCCGCCGCCGCCGCAGCCAUGGGGGUGGAAGGCUGCACCAAGUGCAUCAAAUACCUGCUCUUCGUCUUCAAUUUCGUCUUCUGGCUGGCCGGAGGCGUGAUCCUCGGGGUGGCCCUGUGGCUCCGCCAUGACUCCCAGACCACCAGCAUCCUGCACCUGAAUCUUGAUGAUAAACCGGCUCCCAGCACCUUCUACGUGGGCAUCUACAUCCUGAUCGCUGUGGGCGCCGUGAUGAUGUUUGUGGGCUUCCUCGGCUGCUAUGGAGCCAUCCAGGAGUCCCAGUGCCUGCUGGGGACGUUUUUCACCUGCUUGGUGAUCCUGUUUGCCUGUGAAGUGGCUGCUGGCAUCUGGGGCUUUGUCAACCGGGACAAGAUCGCCAAGGAUGUGAAGCAGUUCUAUGACCAGGCUCUGAAUAAGGCUGUGCUGGAGGACAACGCCGGCAAUGCCAAGACUGUGGUGAAGUCCUUCCAUGAGACGCUGGGCUGCUGUGGCUCUGACGCGCUAACCUCCUUAAUCACAGCCGCUGCCAAAAGUGAGCUAUGUCCUAGCGGAAGCAACAUUCUCACCACCCCCUUUAAGGCAAACUGUCACCAGAAGAUUGAUGAACUCUUCUCAGGGAAGCUGUAUCUGAUCGGCAUCGCUGCCAUCGUGGUGGCUGUCAUCAUGAUUUUCGAGAUGAUUCUCAGCAUGGUCCUGUGUUGCGGUAUUCGGAACAGCUCCGUGUACUGAGGGCCGCACCUCCGGGGCUGUUCUGAGGCGUGGGCAGGCAGGAGAGGAGGGGAGCCCCCAGACUGCCACUGAGUGACCGGGAGGCAUCUGAAGAGCUAUCCAGAGAAUUAUGUAUAGAAAUGUUUCCGAUAUUACUCUACAGUACUUCUUAGCAGUUUUACUUUGGAGGGUUGGGGCACGGGGUGGGGGGUGUUUUUAUUUUUGAAAUAAAGAAGUUGCCAGAUCCCUUUCUGUGCCUCUGGCUACACGUGGGUGUUGUGUAGCCAGGGUCUUGGAGGGGGUCUGCUGGGCUGAGGCCACCACUCAGUGGGGCCCCCACCUUCCUACAGGGCAUGAAGGUAGGGCAGGAGUGAAGGCCCUUGGAGGUAGGGCAGAGGCGGAGGCCCUUGGAGGUAGGGGCAGGAGUGGAGGCCCUUGGAGGUAGGGCAGGGGCAGAGGCCCUUGCUGGCCCUGCCUUCUGAGUGGGGAAGGAGAGUCCUGAGCCCAGUGCUACGUGGGACCCUGGCCCUGAGGCGCCCUCCCUCAUGCAGCCUUGGCCCUUUUUUUUUUAACCAAUCUGCAUUAUUUUCUCCCGUAUCUACUCUCUUGAGCAGCAUUUCUCAUGUUCUCACACUUUCUGGCCUUGUAUGUCUGACUCUGGCCCCUUAGAUUAUAACUCGGCCGUCCAAGACAGGCCCAAAUCAGCUCAUUUCAAUAAAAGGAAAGAACAUCAGGACUGGUGUGGACCCUUCCCUGUAAGCCCUGCUUGGCAGGAGGCCCCCUGAGGCUGGGCAGGGGUGGGGGUGGGGAGGCCUUUGGUUCUGAGAAAAACUGGCCUGUCCUGUGGAGGCCGAGAGAGGCCCGGGCCAGCUGGCUCUCCUGCACUUCUAGGGCCCAGCCCCUCCUGUCCCUACCUCCUGGCUCCCCUGGCCCCAGAGUAGGGGACCUCAGCCUGAGGAGGAGGCUGGGCUGAGGGGAGUUGUCUCUCACUGCCAAUGGCCAGCUUGGCCUAUGGAUAUGGAAGACCAACUUUGGCCACGAGGCCCGGCCUGACCCACCCUUCUCAGCCCACUUUUGAGCCCUUCACUAGCACCUGGCUCGCCUGCCUGGGGCUUCCCCACUGUCCUGGGCUGUUCAGAGGGGAGGCCCCCACCAUGGUGGGCAUUGGGAAAUGGGUAAUUGAGCCCUAGAAAGCCUUAAAGGAAACUGCCCAGAAUGAAUGUCCGUUUGGGGGAGGGGGCAGAACUCCUCAGGCCUGCCUCCUCAGGCCCUCCCAGCCUGUCUCUUGUGUGGCACACUGGACGUGCAUGCAUGUGUGUUUACAUAGAUGUUGUAUGUACUCAAGUAUGUUCUGGGCCAGGCCCCGUGUCUUUCUUGGACUUGCUAUCUGGCCUGGAGGCAGCAGCCAGGCCUCAGGGUUCCAUGUUUAUGUUCUGUGGGGUGCCCCAUAGAAGGGGGCCAUGCUGGGCCAGGAGGGAUCACAUGUGACAUGUGGAACGAGAGGCCUUUGAUCCUUCAAUUUAACCACCAUCUCCCUGUUUCCUGAGUGUCUGCACAGUCUGGAGUCUAGGCUUCAGGACUGGCCCCCAGCCUACACAGAGCAGCAUGGCAGGAGGCAGGCACCAUCCCUGAUGCCUUGAGGCUGAGAACCCGUCCUAUGGGGCCUGGCCUCCCCCCAAGGAGGGCGAGAAAACCCUCUGGCCUCCUGCCCAUGGGCAGGGGUGCUGCUGGCCUCUCCCAGGAGGGGCUGGAGGAGGGAGGACAUCCCUAGGAGGAGGUAGCCCACAGAAAGCUCAGCCCUCUGGCCUCCUGCCAUGGGGGCCCCUGGCUCCUCAGAGCUCUGAGGCUGGCCCUGCCCAGGUUCUGACUCUCCUCCCUGUGUGUGUGCACUUCACCUUGGCCUUCUUCAGUGAUGCCGGCCCACACCCUGCACCCCUGCUCUCAGACCCCCCACUCCCACGCCGGCCUUGCUGGGCGCAUCCCCCAUCAGACUGGGCGGGGGAGGGGUCUGUCAAAACAGAAAACUGCUUGCCGCUGUCUCUUCUGUCUUCAGGAAGGCAGGGCUAUGGGCUUGGUUGGGUGUCCCCUGCCAACCCCCCCAGCCAGGAAGGCGUGCGCCCUUCUACAUCUUCAUCUCCUAGAGCCGUCGCUGCUGCCUCUGCCUCCCGCCCCCCCGCCCCCUGCCCCCCAGCAGUCUCUGUCCCUGGGAGAUGAGUCCCCAGCCAAGGGUGCCUGUGAUGGCCCCGGCAGUGAGAUGGGGGGGAAGGGAGGGGCCCACCCCUUCCUGCUUUGCUCAGGCUGUCUGGGGGGAGGGGGGAUAGCAUGGCCUGAGGGCGUCCCCCCCUUGCUCCCCGCUGUUGUCCGUCUGCUUGUUUGCCCCACACGUGGCCCCCUUUCCAUCCAUGUAUCCAAUAAAGCAAGCACUCUAAUCCAUGAA